UAAAUCAAUCACCGUUUAACUAAAUUGUUGACAUGUUUGUGAAAAACAAUGAUACAAAGUCUUGUUUAAAAUCAACAAAGUACAUUUCUUCCUACCAUGUAUAAAAAAUUUCGAUUAUAUGCAUAUAUUCUACUUGAUAAAACUUAUUUUAUUAUUAUUUUUUUGUUUUGUGACCUCGUAAUAGUAACUGUUUAUCUUAAAUAUAUCACUGAGACUGUAAUAAAUUCAAAUUUGAUUAAGACACUCAUAAUAAUCUAAAUUAAACAAUAAUAGUUAUUUUAUUAUUCUUUUAUCUCUAAAAUUUGUAAAGAAAAAAUCAUCAUUGAUGAUUGUUUUGAAUAAAAUUAUAAAUUCAUUUUAACUUCAAUUAUCAAUAAGCAGAAUAUAGAGUAUCAAAUCGAGUAGUUAAUACUUGAUGAUUUAUAAAAAAUGUACUGUUAUUAAAUGAUAAAAAGUGCAAGUGUCUUGAACUAUAGUAGUUUAUAUUUGCAUAUGUACAUACAUAGAAAUAAUCUAAAAUAACUAUACAAAUACUGUAACUGUAGGGGUGAAAAGAUCAGUAAGUGGAGAUGUUGAUUAAAACUACUGGAAUUUUCAGUAGUACACUCAUGCAACAAAGUGUUGAGAUAUAAUUUAAGUACUUAUGGUAUACAUAAUUUGUAAAAUAUAAUAAAUGUUAUCUCUGGAUAUUUUUUUAGAAUAGUAAAAAUAUGCUUAGUUGGAUUAUUACAAAAAUAGUUUUCCAUGAUUAUUAUUUUAAUUGUAUCACAUUGUGUAUUAGUAAUGCACAUGAAAUAACACUUAUGAAUACCAUAAAUAUUUUUUAAAGCUCAACACCUUGAUGCAUUUGGUUAAGAUUUUCAUGAUUGUAUGGAGACUAAAAUAAGAUUUUUUACAUGAAUUAUAACAAAUAAGUUAGAAUAAAAUUGUAUUGACUUCAAUUAAAUCGAAAGCAUGUGUAUAUAUGUCUAGUUUUAUUUUCAAAAUGAAAUGGUUGAUCUUUCUCGAUUGAAUAUUAUACGAAUGGAGUUUUCUACGGACACGAAAAGACUUAAGUAAUAAAUCUUCUCACUAAUUGUUGCAUGUACUUUGCACAAUUUGUAUUUUGUAAAACCAUCUUUUAAUGGCAAUAAAGCUGAAUUUACUGAACUGAGCUAGAAAUUGAAUCAUUUUAAUAAAUUACCAAUUUAUACACACAAAUAUCCAUAUUGAAUCAAUGUCAUUGAGAACAUUUAUUUUUCUUUCAAGCUUUCAUUAAUCAUUGUAUAUACAUGUUUAAUUAGGCAAAUAUAACUGUAUUUGUAAGAUAUGAUUAAAGUGUAUUUAAAGAUGUGACGAAAAUUGUACAGGAAUAGGAAUAAAGCGUAAAUUAUUAUAACAACUGUACUGGUGUUUUAAAUCUGAAAUAAAAAUGAUUUUUAAAAAUGGCGUCACGCAUAGCAGCCAGUGCAACGGUGCGCGCAGUAAAAGGAAGAAAGAUUCUCCCGACUAGGGCUGCAUUAGUUUUGACGAGCAACGCCGUGAAUAAAAUCAAAGAAAUACUGAAGGAUAAGCCUGAAUACGGAACUGGUAUUACGUUUCAGAUUGGCCUGAAAGUUGGCGUCCGACAAAGAGGCUGUAAUGGGCUCAGCUACACGCUCGAUUACGCUACCGACAAAAGCAAGCUCGACGAAGAAGUCGUCCAGGACGGAGUGCGCGUUAUAAUCGACAGAAAAGCGCAAUUGUCCCUGCUGGGCACCGAAAUGGAUUACAUAGAAAAUAAAUUGAGUUCCGAGUUCGUGUUCAACAACCCAAAUAUAAAGGGGACGUGUGGAUGUGGCGAAAGCUUUAGCGUGUAGCGUGCGUGCGUGCGAUGUAAAAAGUUAGGUUGCUUUGUAUAAUAUGUUAGAAAAAACGAAAUCCUCUGAUCUCAAAUGCUCAUGAUUGUACAUAUUUAGUUUGUCUGUAAAUAAACGAAUUCUGACGUC